UGUAGAAGUGUCACAUGACCAGGAAAUGCUUGCCCCAGACUCCAGAACACAGAGAAACUUCUCCGAGGCGCGGAGCGGACAUGUUGGCCGUACGGGAGCUGCUCCUGCUGGCCCUCGCUUCCCUGUCAGGGGCCCUGGGCUCUCGCCCCUGUGAGCCCCACGGUUUCGGGCACGGCUCGGUGGUUUGCCGCUGUAAUGCCACCUACUGCGACACCCUGGACCCUGUGGAACUUUCGGCCUUGGGGAACUUCUCUGUGUAUGAGAGCAGCCAGUCUGGGAAGCGUCUGGAGCAGAGCCGUGGCCCCAUCAGGAAGCAGCGGCCGGGGCCCUCUGGUCUGACCCUCACCCUGAACGACAAGCAGCGGUUUCAGGUGAUGAAGGGUUUUGGCGGCGCGGUGACGGACUCUGCUGCCAUGAACAUCCUGGCCCUGAGCCCGGGGGCCCAGGACAACCUCCUGCGCUCCUACUUCUCGGAGGAAGGUAUUGGAUACAGCGUCCUGCGUGUCCCCAUGGCCAGCUGUGACUUCUCCACCCGCGUCUACACCUACCUGGACCGCGAGGGGGACUUCACACUGGACACCUUCAGCCUGCAGCAAGAAGAUGUGAAGCUGAAGAUCCCCAUCAUCCAGAAGGCCCAGGCCCUGUCCAGCCGACCCUUGUCCUUGUUUGCUAGUCCCUGGACGGCUCCACCAUGGAUGAAGACCAAUGGGAAGAUCACAGGCAAGGGCACCUUGAGAGGGUCUCCAGGAGACCGCUACCACAAGACCUGGGCCCAGUACUUCAUCAGGUUUCUGGAUGAAUACGCCAAGCACAAUGUGACCUUCUGGGCGGUGACGGUGGAGAACGAACCGACGGCGGGGAUGAUCAGCGAUUACCCCUUCCAGUGCCUCGGCUUCACCCCGGAGCUCAUGAGGGACUUCAUCGCCCUGGAUCUGGGCCCGGCCUUCACCAACAGUUCACACAAGAACGUCCAGAUCAUGAUCGUAGACGACAAUCGCAUCCUGCUGCCUCACUGGGCCAAAGUGAUCCUGUCUGACCUGCGGGCCGCCCGCUAUGUUCAUGGUGUGGCGGUGCACUGGUAUGUGGACUCUGUGGUCCCCGCAGACGUCAGUCUCGGCAGUACGCACCGCCUUUUCCCGGAUUACUAUCUGUUUGCCACAGAGGCUUGUGCCGGAUUUGCUCCUUGGGAUGUGGCAGUGCGCCUGGGAUGCUGGGAGCGGGGAAACGAGUACAGCCGGAGAAUCAUAGAGGAUCUGAAUUACCAUGUGACGGGCUGGACAGACUGGAACCUGGCCCUGGACGUGAGCGGGGGCCCCACGUGGGUGGGUAACAAUGUGGACAGCCCCAUCAUAGUGGAUGUGGAGAAGGACGUCUUCUACAAGCAGCCCACCUUCUACCACAUGGCGCACUUCAGUAAGUUUAUCGCCCCGGGGGCACAAUGUGUUGGAUUGGAUGCCACCCAGAAGUCCUCACUGGAGAGCGUGGCAUUCCUCAGCCCAGAGGGCUCCGCCAUCGUGGUCAUCCUGAACAGGGCCUCCCAGGAUGUCAGCUUCUCCAUCUCGGACCGUUCUGUGGGGACGAUAGAAGCCCUUUCUCCAGGAAACUCCAUCCAGACGUACGUGUGGAGGCGCCGCUGAGUCUGGACUAGGGCCACCAGGGGGCCCCGGCCCUGCAGAUGCUCCACGUGGUUGCUGUGUGAAGACUUCCUGGCACCGUGACGCUGUACCUGACGAUGGGGCCCCCAGGGGACGGGGUGUUCCUGGCUGACGGAUACUCCACCCUGCCUGCGCUGGCAGCCCUCAGGCACUGACUGUACACGCUGGCGGCCGGGCCGCGCUCCAGACGGGGUGCGAGAUCCCUCCGCCUUAACUCCUCGCAUACCGCACCGCUGCCAAAUAAAUACUACCGCCUG